CAUCUCCGGGCAUUCUUCGCAGUUCCACAGGCUGUGGCGCGUUCGAGUCGACAGUAGCGACUCUGGUUCGGGCAGCAUGUCUGACAAGCGGCCAGCAGUGGACACCCAAGCUCGGCGGCUUCCCGACUCCUUCAAGGAUAGCCCCAGUGCAGGCCUCGGUGUUUGUGGAUGGAUUUUGGUGGCUGCAUCAUUCUUGUUCACGGUUAUAACUUUCCCACUGUCAAUAUGGAUGUGCAUAAAGAUCAUAAAAGAAUAUGAGAGAGCCAUCAUCUUUAGACUGGGUCGCAUCUUACAAGGAGGAGCCAAAGGACCUGGUUUGUUUUUUAUUCUGCCGUGCACCGACAGCUUCAUCAAAGUGGACAUGAGGACCAUCUCAUUUGACAUCCCUCCUCAGGAGAUCCUCACGAAGGACUCCGUUACCAUCAGUGUGGACGGCGUGGUCUAUUACCGCGUGCAGAACGCCACCCUGGCUGUGGCGAACAUCACCAACGCUGACUCGGCAACCCGUCUUUUGGCACAGACGACCCUGAGGAACGUCCUGGGCACCAAGAACCUUUCCCAGAUCCUCUCUGACAGGGAAGAAAUCGCACACAACAUGCAGAGCACCCUGGAUGACGCCACUGACGACUGGGGAAUAAAAGUGGAGCGAGUGGAGAUUAAGGACGUGAAGCUCCCCGUGCAGCUGCAGAGAGCCAUGGCUGCGGAGGCAGAGGCGUCCCGGGAGGCCCGAGCCAAGGUCAUUGCGGCUGAGGGAGAAAUGAACGCGUCCAGGGCUCUGAAAGAGGCCUCCAUGGUCAUCACCGAGUCACCUGCUGCCCUCCAGCUGCGGUACCUUCAGACGCUGACCACCAUCGCUGCCGAGAAAAACUCGACCAUCAUCUUCCCUCUGCCCAUAGAUAUGCUGCAGGCUGUCAUGGGGACAAAACAGUGAGCCACGGGAGCCGAUCAGAGAUGAGAUGGGGACCAAACCAGCCUCUCACCCAGUAGGUAGUAGGGUGGGAACCUUGACAUUCCCCCUCCCUUCCUUUUUCCAUAGCUUGAGUGCGAUAUUCUUACAGUAUGUAGUGAUCCUAGCAACAGAUGAAGGUUCUUGUAAAUACGACACGAGAGAGAGAGAGUGGUGAUUAAUGUAAGAUAACCUUGCCCUAAAACAUUUAAAAGUUCAUAUGUUUAGAUUGUUCCAUGAUAGGUGAAGUCCAUCUUCUUUCAAAUUUCAUUGAGUCUUCUGCACCCUCUAUCAGCAGCCAGGCCAGAAGCAAGAAGAUAGAGUGUCUUCCCAACCUGACACCCUGGCUAGACAAAUGUUUGCAGAGAAUAGUGACCUUGGGCUACACCCAGCUUCUCUGGGCCACGUGUGCCUUACUUCCGGGGAAUCUUAAUUAAGGAAAUUUUCCUAACAUCCGUCUACUUUCUAAAAUCAAAGCAGGUUGCAGAAUAAUCCUUCCUUGAGAGGAGACGUUUUCUUGCCAGUGCCUGUCAGCACUGGAGAUAAAGGUCAAGGUCACGGGAGAUGGUCACCCUGAUUCUUGAGAGACUUAACCCACUGCUGUAGAGGUCCUUUUAAAACAAUGCGGGCUUUUUUUUUAAACUUUGUUGAGCCCCUUUAUGAGUAAAUGAUUCCUCUGUCUUUCAAACCAGCUAAAUACUUGUCACAGAAGUGCUUUUUUUCUCACUUUUGCCUAUUCUCAUAUAUCAGAUUCUAAACAUUUGAAUUUUUAAAAUAAGAUUUUCUCUAAGUCCUAUAAAUAGUUGUUUAUAUACCAAUUUGAAUAGCUUAAGGACUAGUACUUGAUGAAUGCAUCUUUAGGAAACUUGCAUUUUACUGUCUGCGUGUUGUCAACCCUGGACGCUGUGAGCUAUCUUGGUUGCCACUCAUUGCAUAACAGAAGGAAUCAUAGUCUGUCAGGGACACUGUAUCCAAGGAGCUUUGGAAAAACACAGUCACACUGGGCAUAUCUGUGCAGAUGUGGGUCUUCUUUAUGUGCCUGGUCGUUUUUCUGUCUUAUAUGUUGAUGCUGAAGGAGGAACUGGUCAGCCCUCCUGAACUGCUAUAAUUUUAGGAAGCAUCUUCCAUUUCACAAAUGCCUGUGAGGCCAAGCACCCUGGUACUCUUCCUAUUGGUCUGGAAAUCCGGCUGGUGACAUUUGUACCACUUCCGCUCAGGAGCUGUGAGAUCACCUUUAAAAAUCUAAGAAUAGCAGUUUCCGUACCCAGAGUCACCCUGUGUAUCUGUCCUUAGCUGGGUCACUCCGUCAGUCUUGAUGAGUCCCCUCCCCAACAGCCUAUUUCCAAAUUCAUUUUACGAAGCCUUGAACCACCGUGGAUCCAGGUCCUGGCUGAGUUCAUUAGAUGUAUAUGGAGCAUUUUGACUUGGAACUCAAGCUGCAUUUCUAUUUUCAAUUUUAAAAUAAUGAUUUUCUCUCUUUUGUGAGGUGGCUCACCCUUGACUACUAAGGACCAGGAUACAACCACAUAUCCUGGCUAAAAGUCUCUUCUCAGACUUAGAGGUUCAAUGCUUUCUGUUCUUUGAGUCUGUUUCCAGACACCAGUCUUCGCUCUUCUGCCUUGUGGGUCGUGGGUUGAAAUUAAAUCGCCUGGGAGGGAGGACACGUAGAAGGAGCUGUAGGAUGACAGCGGACAGUGUUCGUGUGAGAGUUUUUUCCAGGUGGCCUCCCUCUGUGAUGCUGUAUGUAAUAAAGUGUGCGCUUUUACUGGUUU